UUUUGUGUGUUGCAGUAACUGUACCAUAAUGAAACUAUAAAAGGAGAGAGAGCACAAUGACAAUGGUGAAUCAGUGGGAAAUGGAGCAGUUUGUGUGGAGAGUGUUGCCUUUGCUAACAUUCCUCAUUUCCUUCCUAGUAUUCUUUUACUUGCACGAUUCUUACAGGGCACAGUUACAUCCUCUCGUUAAGUUGACACAGAAUAAGUGCAGCCUUCUUCACCAUCGCCAUUUCUGGAUAACUAGCAAACGCAUUGUGACCCCACAAGGGAUCAUUUCUGGUUCAGUGGAGAUAAAAGAAGGGAAAAUAAUAUCUGUCACUGAGGGAUAUGGUAAGCAGGGGAACUCUAAGCAUGAAGAAGUAAUUGAUUAUGGAGAUGCUGUUGUCAUGCCUGGCUUGAUUGAUGUACAUGUACAUCUUGAUGAACCAGGAAGAACUACAUGGGAAGGAUUUGAUACUGGUACCAGAGCUGCUGCUGCUGGUGGUGUAACCACAAUCGUUGACAUGCCUCUAAACAAUCACCCAACAACUGUGUCUAAGGAAACACUGAAACUUAAGCUUGAAGCUGCAGAGAACAGAAUCUAUGUUGAUGUUGGAUUUUGGGGUGGCCUAAUCCCUGAAAAUGCACUUAAUAAAAGUGUUCUUGAAGGUCUCUUAAGUGCCGGUGUUCUAGGUUUGAAGUCUUUUAUGUGUCCUUCAGGAAUUAGUGACUUCCCUAUGACUACUAUUCACCAUAUCAAGGAGGGAUUAUCUGUGCUGGCAAAGUACAGAAGGCCUUUAUAUGUGCACUCUGAGAUUCAACAACAUUCUAAAAAACAUUUGGAGCUUGAUGAUAAAGGUGGUCCGCGAACUUAUUUGACCUAUCUCCACUCUAGACCACCUUCAUGGGAGGAAGCAGCUAUUAAAGAGCUUGUAGGUGUUACGAAAGACACAAGAACUGGUGGUCCUUUAGAAGGAGCACAUGUUCACGUUGCUCACUUGUCUGAUUCAAGUGCUUCCUUGGAUCUGAUUAAGGAAGCAAAAAGUCGUGGUGACAGCAUAAGUGUUGAGACUUGUCCCCAUUACUUAACUUUCUCGUCUGAAGAGAUACCAAAUGGAGAUACUCGUUUUAAGUGUUCCCCUCCCAUUCGUGAUGCAUACAACAGAGAAAAAUUAUGGAAGGCUGUGUUGGAGGGACACAUUGACCUAUUAAGUUCUGAUCAUUCACCAACAGUGCCUCAAAUGAAGCUUCUUGAGGAAGGUGACUUUUUGAAGGCUUGGGGGGGCAUAUCAUCUUUGCAGUUCGAUCUUCCAGUGACGUGGACUUAUGGGAAGAAACAUGGACUAAGCCUGGAACACUUGUCGUUACUGUGGAGCAAGAAACCUGCAACGUUUGCAGGGAUAGAAUCAAAGGGGUCAAUUGCUGUCGGAAACCAUGCUGAUAUUGUAGUUUGGAAACCAGAGGUGGAGUUUGAGCUGAAUGAACAUUAUCCUGUUUUCCUUAAACAUCCUAGCCUCUCUGCUUAUAUGGGAAGAAGGUUAUCCGGAAAAGUUUUGGAGACUUUUGUGAGAGGAAACCUUGUCUUUAAGAAAGGAAAGCAUGCUCCUGCAGCCUGUGGUGUUCCUAUUCUAGCUAAAUGAAUUACUUAAAUAUUGGCUUCUUUCAGAUAAUAGUUUCUUUGGGGCCUAAAUAAGAGAUGGAAGUAGCUCAUGGCAUUGACCAUUUACCCAGCAGCAUUCUCCUUCUCGUGUACCUAGCAUAUAUACCAUAUAUUAUUGCAGUUUGGAUGUUUGGACAAUGAAAUUAAUGUAGUACUUGAAUUUAUAUAUAGACUAUAAUUUCAAAAACUCUAAA